CCGGCAUUGCAAAGCAUCCGAGGCCGACCAUCGCGCUGUACAGUGUCGCUGCUGCUUACGGGACUCGUGCUUGCGAACAAACCCUGGCACAACCGUUCCAUGAUCCUUUUCGCUAUCAAGGUCUCUUGCAAUUUUGCAGAAGGACGCAUGCUUCAUACAUGGCUCUUGGGACCAGAUGUCCACAAAUACAAAUCCCUUCCGCCGUAAUAGUUCGUUGAAGACAGGGCCUCCCGAUAACAGUUCCACGACUUCAAUAGCAGAGCAUCGUGGCACGAGUCCGUUGUCGGUCAAUACCAAAGUGACAACCACCAAGCAUGUGAACUUUGCAUCUCCUCCUGCGGCCCUCAUUUCUCCCGUAUCAUAUCCAGAAUCACCAGAAUCUGCCCGACAAGAAUACCCCUCCUUCUUUCGUAGCCCGAGUGCGCCGCUAUCAUUGGCUACGACCUACAGUCAGGCACUCUCGAGCGAUCCGUUUGCUGCCGAGACAUCUGAUGGCGAUGAUGAUAAGGCAAUCGAGCAAGCGUUGAGAAACACAAACUAUAACAAUGCCGUUGUGGUUGGAGUUCCGACCAGUGAAACAACGUUGAAGGGGAGCGAUGUCAGGGAUACCUUAGCACGGUUCGCCAGCGGCCCUCGAGCCUCAGCUGCUUAUCAGCAGACCACGACCGGGACGAACGAGCAGAGUGGAUCUGCCAAGCUGACGAUGGACGUCGAUGCCUUCAAGAGGAUGCUCCUCACUGGGGAAAGACAAAGUGCUCGUCUGGGGGAUGGGACAUCACAAAACACACACGCAGUCUCGGUGCAACCUGUAAGUGACAAUAGCUCCACCGCUGAUACGGCUUCGAUCUCGCAGCGCUCAAUAUUCGAGACUGCUCCACCAAUGCUUGAGGAGAGCCCGCGGACAUCAGAGGAGCUCGAUAGCAAAGAAGCGGAAAAGGAGAGGGCGAGUCUUGGGUCUGCUUCGGCAGGUAGGAAGCCUCCAGCGCCGCCAAAGAGUCGACGUGGAAAGUCUGUUCACGAGACGGGGGACGCAGCGUCUGUGACCAAGUUUGAUAGUUUCAUCAACACUCUCUCAGUACCGGUGGGCCAGAAUGCCUCGUUCGACAAAGACAGCCUGAAGCCAUCGUCGAUCGACCAAAGCGCAAUAAGUGAUCGCUUUACGAUACCACCCUCGCUCGAAUCACAAAAGCGGACACCACCAACACUUCCUUUGGCACGUCGAAAGAGUGAACGUCAACCAGGCAAACCUGCCCUGGCGCGCAACAGCUCCUCCCAAAUCUCUGUGCUGAGUGAUGACCCAUUGCCCAGCCCCACGGCCAUGAGUGCUGUAUCCAGGGCACCUCCUCCACCGCCUGCCCGCCGGAUGACUACGGCCUCUGAGCGCCGGCCGUCACUUGACGUGAUUCAUGACUUGGAAGAAGACAACAACGUCGAGACACAAGCUUUCCCACAACUUUCAAGUGCCGAGUCUCGGCCUGGAACAGUACAGACACCAUUCUAUCUGAAAAGGACGAGUCAACUGCCGCCUCCUCCACCACCGCCCCCUCGCAGAGGACGCGCAGGCUCGAGCAGAAGCUCUACGGAAACGCAGAGACCGUCCUUAGGAGCACUGGGUGUUGCAGAUCUUGGAGCUGGUGAGCCCAUCACCAGGCGAGACAGCUCGGAGGCACGGGACAUUCUAGCGGAAAUUGCGGCACUACAAAGGGAAGUCGACGCUGCGAGGGCAAGCGCGGGUUGACUAUAAUGCUUUUGAGCAUUCUUCACGUUUACGAAUAACUGCAUGACCAUGAUACCUACGUAUGCAGUCUACCUUUUGACACUACCGAUUGUGCUUCGUCUUCCUAUAUCACGUGCACUUGGGCCGUCGUUUAGAGACGAUUGCGCUAGUAGCCGGUGACGUAGCGCUUUCCUGCUCCGAUGGGACACCCC